AUGAGGGAGGUUUUGGAGCAAGAUUCAGACGAAGAACCGGAAGAAACACGCGAUUUUGUGCCUGUGUUUCCAACGAGGAGUGAACAAGAGGAUAUCAUGCCCGACGCACGUGUAUUCUACAACAUAGAUAUUGCUCUUGAACUCAUAGGAACUGACGAUCAAGGAGUAGAAAAUAAAUUUUCAGAAGCUGUGACAGAAAUUGAAGGCUUGAAAUCGUUUCCCUGUUCAAAAUGCAGCAAAAUAUGCAAGUCAAAAGGCGGAUUGACCAGGCACACUAAUUCGAAACAUGGCGAUAGUGUUUCAAUUCCUUCGACUACAACACCGCUUUGUUAUGAGUCCAUAACUUCGAUUGUGGAUACAAUAAAAGAAAACAUUGUUAAAGGAAGCUGUACGGGGAAAAUAUAAAUGCUGCGGUGGAAAAGGCUAUAGCGAUCAAAGAAUUGUUCGACGAAGUGUUGCCUUUAUACACAAAAUUUUCUCGAAGCCGAAAUCAAGAUAAACUUCUCCAGUCGUUUUAUGGGUUAAUGCCAAAGUCCGCGGAAUUACUGAACUGUACGGAUUCGCGAGUUGCAAACCUUGUCAUGAUCCACAUACCCGAUCAUUUGGUUGGAUUUUUAAACGUGCAAAAUGUUCCCCAAGAAAGAGACACAGAAUCUUCACCUAAAUACAAAAUUGAGCCAAGCGAACAUGGUCCUCUCUCCCAUAUUCAGGGUAUGUAAUUUCAAAGUUAAGUAGAGCAUCAAAGUCUAAAGAGAAAAACAAUGAACUUCAAGACUUGUUACAGAAUUUAAAAUCAGAACAAAAAAACAACAGUUACAUUUUAGCCCGAACAAAAGGUGGUCUUGUAACACUUUGUGAGGAUAUUGUAAGAAUUUUACAUGAAGCAGAGAUUUGUUUCAGAAAGGAAGUUGACAAGUCAAAGCUGGCUAUUCGAAACAUUCCUGUCGAU